AUGUUGCAUGAGUUUCCGCAACUGAAGUGCCUUCUUGGAGGUCACGACCAUGUCCCGUGGAACUCCCGCUCAGCCGACUCGCAGAGGAUAGCAGUGAAAGCAGGUCUUGACUGCGAGAACGUAGAUGUUUUGGAAUACGAGAUAAGCGAAAAAGUUGUGUCAAAAUCUUCUGGAGGGUCAACCGCUUUAGGCCAGAAGAGCUUCAAUCUGAAGCUGGUCUCGCACAAGCUCGUUCCACUUGUGGACAAAGGCAAGGGCGGGUUUGCAGCAGAUGGAUUUCUCGAAGAGCGCAUCGCAGGACACAAAAAGAUCCUCUCUUUGAACGACUUCGCUCUGUUCGAAUGGCCCUCGCUGAACCACAAGCUCGAAGCGUGGGCAGCCAAAGUUGGAGACGCUUCGCAAUCCUCAUGCUGGACGACCAAAGACAUUCGAACGCGGCAAGUCAAUUUCUUUCACUUAGUGGCAGAAUGGAUCCGGGCAGAGCUAGGGAACGCAGAUGCGCUAGACGACACGGUGAUGAUCGCAAAUAGCGGCCAGUUCAGAGCCAACGUGGACUACAACUUCAGCGACAAAUUGACUUUCAAUUAUGACUCGUUUUUAUACACAGCAAAUACGUGAAUCCGUAUUACAACAAUUAGCAUUCUGAACUAGUAGCGCUAGUGUCAAAUCGUGUCGAAACUUCUAGCAAUUUCUUGAGUAUGCUGAUUCUCAUUUUAUUUUGAGUCUUUCUUAUCUACUUUUUUAUUUGUAAAUGUAAGCUAUUUGUAAUCCGGCAAAUCCCUAUAAAGUAAAGGUUUUUGCUCAAUUUACUGCAUUUGCUUCUUCACGUACUACAUUUCUUCUAAGAAAUUGAGAUGAACAAAGAGCUGGCAUUUAACAACAAGAUGAUGAAGGUGAAGCUCCUAGGGUCGGAUAUUUUGGCGUUGAUCACAGAGAGCGAGUUGCGCCGCAAAGGUCAGG